CGGGCUCUGAAUGAUCACUUUAGCCAUGUCUGUAAGACGUAUUAACAGACUUCUUACAAGUCUAUUUCUUACUAUUUUAUUUCACUUUGUUCAUGGCUGGGUUACAAGUACUGGAUAUUUUCGCGUUUUGAAUCGUAACAAAAAUCUUAGAAAAUGUAAAGGAAGGGAGGUGUUCCAGACUAGCUAUUUUCAUGAUGGAAUUCGUGUAUCCGAGAAGACAGGCAAAUGUGAGGGUGUAGAGGAUGCUACAAUCCAGGAAAGAGGAUAUGCUUAUGCUAAAAAGGAAGCUAUGCAACUGCAAUAUUCCGGGCCAGUAAACAUGCUAGCAAAGAAGCUAACCUGGCCAUAUUCCGGAGGGUCCAAAGUUGAUGCAUUUUUCUCUUAUCCCGAAGCUGGAAAUGGUAAAACUCGUGGAGAAUUUCGAUUCGAUUUCUACAAUUCGAUACACACUCUCAGCCUUCGCUUCUUCCCGAAUGGUCAGGAAAAAAUGCAAGUCGUCGAACGAAUCGAUAAUAUUGAAAAACAUGUAUCGGAAAAGGAAGUUCCAACUGAACUACUAGGACAUGGCAUUGUGACAAUUUCAGUCAUCCCUCAAAACAAAUCAGUAGAGAUACUUAUCGAUAACAAAACGUUUUUUGUUCAUCAACUAGAGGCGAUUGACAUGGACAAGUUGCUGCUUCUUCAAAUAACUCCGACAAGCACUCAAAACCAACCCGUCUUACAUGGCAUUCGAUUAUAUUUCGUGUAGUUUUAUAAGUGGCUUUUGACCAGCAAGUGUCAUAUAGUGUUAAUGAGGGUUAUUUAGACUUGUUAAAAUAACUAUCUAACACAUUGACUCAUAAGGUAUAUAGUCUAUAAUAUCUAGAAAAUCAAUCAAAUAUUACAUAACCUGUUUUAUAGAUAGAUCAAAUGACGAAUAGUAAAUUGAAAUACAAACACUGUGUACAAGGGGCACAGUUUAAAUGUGCAACACUAGGAAGAAACAUUUUGUAUUUGUACUGUCGCCGCGAUAUUUUCUUUCUUUUCUGUUGUACAUACAUUUACAUGUGUGCCGU